UUCUGCGACCAACCAUAUGUGCUAGUGUGGGACUACAAGCUGUAUCGGUUUGCAACGAGGCGGCACAUUGAAGUACAGACAUGGGGAAGAAACAGAAAAAUAAAGGAGAGGACAGUGCCAAAGAUGAUAUCGACAUUGAUGCCCUGACUGCUGAAAUCGAGGGAGCCGGAGCGGCCAAAGACCAGGGCAAAGGAAAAGGCAAAAAGAAGAAGGGCAAACAAAAAGAGGAGUUUGAUGAGGAUGACAUCCAAAAAGAACUGGAGGAACUAUCUUUGGAGACGGGGGGAAAAGGCAAAGACGGACUAAAGUCUGACAGUUUCGAGGAGGAGCCCGUGACUGCCCCUAAGGAGAAGAAGAAGACCCGCGGUGGCAAGGGCAAGCGUGGCAGCCACGAGGACGAGGAUGGUGGCGAGGAGGACCAGGGUUCGAGUGCGACUGGUGUGGGCGCGGAUGACAACGAUGAUGGCGCUCCCUCGCGCGGCCAGAAGGCGUCUGCUCCCGCUGCUGCUAGCGACGAUUCUGACGACGAGGGCUCUCGGACGCGGCAGAAGGGCAAAGGUGGCAAGAAGGCCGGAAGAAAAACAUCCGCUGCAGCCGCCUCAGACUCCGAGGAAGACGAGGAGAAGAACGGAGAGGUCGUCAAAGGAGGAGACGCUGGAGGUGGCGGUGGAGGUGCUGGAGGUGGAGGCAACAAGGCGGCGGGGGAGGGCGAGGAGGAUGAGGAUUCGGAUGAGGGUCCUCAGAUGCGGAAGAAGGGCAAGAAAGGGAAGGGGAAAGUGAAGGCUGCCGAGAGCGAUGAGGAGGAAGGAGAUGACGGCACCUUCAAGGUGAAGACGGCGGCGCAGAAGAAGGCGGAGAAGAAGGAGCGCGACCGCAAGAAGAAGGAGGAGGAGCGUGCCAAGCAGAAGGCCAAGAAGGAGGAGGAGGCCGGGAAGAAGGCAGAGGGAGCAGCAGCAGCAGCAGACGAGGGGGCCGGGCCGGCCGACGACAAGAAGCAGCUGGAGAAGGCCAUCUCAGAGGAACAGGACGCUGAGGCCAUGGAGGAGGAUGCAGAGGGAGACAAGAAGAAGAAGGACAAGAAGAAGAAGAAGGGCGAGAAGGAGGAGAAGGAGAAGAAGAAGGGGCCCAGCAAGGCCACAGUCAAGGCCAUGCAGGAGGCGCUGGCCCGCAUGAAGGAGGAGGAGGAGAGGCAGAAGAGGGAGGAGGAGGAGCGGCUCAAACGCCUGGAGGAGCAGGAGGCAGAGAGGCUGGAGCAGGAGCGUCUAGAGCAGGAGAGGAGGGAGAAGAAGAAGCAGAAGGACAAGGAGAGGAAGGAGCGUCUGAAGAAGGAGGGCAAGCUGCUGACCAAGGCCCAGAGGGAGGCGCGCGCCCGCGCAGAGGCCACACUCAAGCUGCUGCAGGCGCAGGGUGUUGAAGUGCCAUCCAAAGACUCAAUGCCAAAGAAGAAGCCCGUCUAUGGGGACAAGAGGAAAAAGAAGCCUGCUGCUCAGACUCCCGAAGAAACGUCAGAGGUUACCUCACCUACGUCAGAAACAGCCGAGCCAAUGGAAGUGGACAACACUCCCAAAGAGGAGACGGCAAAGGAACAGAAGCCAGAGGAGCCAGAUGUGGAUGACUGGGAAGCCAUUGCCAGCGACGAGGAGAAAGAACUGAAGAAGGUCCACAUCGAGGUGAAGGAGACGCAGGCCCAGAAGCCAAAGGAGACCUCGUCGUCAAAAACGGCACCUCCAGAUGCCGAAAACGGCAGCGAAGAGGAGGAUGAGGAUGAAGACGACGAUGAAGAUGACGACGAGGAAGAUGACGAUGACGAGGAGGAGAGCGAGGAGGAGGAGGAGGAGAAGAAGAAGCCGUCCUCGCACAGUGCCAAGAAGCAGAAGGAGCCCAGCUCGGAGUCGAGCAGCGAGAGCGACUCAGACGACGGACUCACCAAAGAGGAGCGGCUCUAUGACAAGGCCAAGAGGCGCAUCGAGAAACGGCGACAGGAGAACCUGAAGAAUAUUAAUUUGGACCAACUCCGAGCCCCAGUCAUCUGUGUCUUGGGCCACGUCGACACAGGAAAGACUAAAAUCCUGGACAAGCUGCGCCACACGCACGUUCAGGAUGGUGAGGCUGGAGGAAUCACGCAGCAGAUCGGUGCCACCAACGUUCCACUGGACACCAUCCUGGACCAGACCAAGAUGGUCAAGAACUUUGACAAGGAGACUGUCAAAAUUCCCGGAAUGCUGAUCAUUGACACGCCAGGGCACGAGUCCUUCAGUAACCUGAGGAACAGGGGCAGUUCGCUGUGUGACAUUGCCAUCCUGGUGGUGGACAUCAUGCACGGCCUGGAGCCCCAAACGCUGGAGUCCAUCAACCUGCUCAAGGAGAAGAAGUGCCCCUUCAUCGUCGCCCUCAACAAGAUUGACCGUCUGUACGACUGGAAGAAGGGCCCAGAGACAGACGUGGUGGCCACACUGAAGAAACAGAAGAAGAACACCAAGGACGAGUUUGACGAGAGGGCCAAGGCCAUCAUCGUGGAGUUUGCCCAGCAGGGUCUGAACGCUGCACUUUUCCAUGAGAACAAGGACCCUCGCACCUUCGUGUCCCUGGUGCCCACCUCUGCCCACUCGGGAGACGGCAUGGGCAACCUGAUGGCGCUGCUGGUGGAGCUCACGCAGACCAUGCUGGCACGCCGCCUGGCACACUGUGACGAACUGCGGGCACAAGUCAUGGAGGUGAAAGCACUUCCUGGCAUGGGCACCACCAUUGACGUGAUCCUGAUUAACGGGCGCCUGCGCGAGGGCGAGACCAUUAUCGUGCCUGGCGUGGAUGGGCCGAUUGUUACCCAGAUCAGGGGGCUGCUGUUGCCACCGCCCCUCAAGGAGCUCAGGGUCAAGAACCAGUAUGAGAAGCAGAAGGAGGUGAACACGGCGCAGGGAGUGAAGAUCCUGGGCAAGGACCUGGAGAAGGCCCUGGCUGGACUACCGCUGCUGGUCGCACACAAGGAGGAUGAGGUUCCUGUGCUGAGGGAUGAGCUGGUGCGUGAGCUGAAGCAGACGCUGAACGCCAUCAAGCUAGAGGAGAAGGGCGUGUACGUGCAGGCCUCCACCCUGGGAUCCCUGGAGGCCCUGCUCGAGUUCCUGCGCACCUCCAAAGUGCCCUACUCGGGCAUCAACAUUGGUCCUGUGCACAAGAAGGACGUCAUGAAGGCCUCCACCAUGCUGGAGCACGACCCACAAUACGCUGUGAUCUUGGCCUUUGACGUGAAGGUGGAGAGGGACUCUCAGGAGAUGGCCGACAGCCUGGGCGUGCGCGUCUUCAGUGCUGAGAUCAUCUACCACCUUUUCGACGCCUUCACCAAAUACAGAGAGGACUACAAGAAGCAGAAGCAGGAAGAGUUCAAGCAUAUUGCUGUGUUCCCUUCCAAACUGCGGAUCUUACCCCAGUUCAUCUUCAACUCUCGAGACCCUAUCGUCAUGGGCGUGACUGUAGAGGCCGGGGUCAUCAAACAGGGAACGCCAGUCUGUGUGCCCAGCAAAGGAUUUGUAGAUAUUGGCAUCGUCACCGGCAUUGAGGUGAACCACAAAGCGGUGGACUCUGCCAAGAAGGGACAGGAAAUCUGCGUGAAGAUCGAGCCCAUUCCAGGAGAGUCGCCCAAGAUGUUCGGCCGACACUUCGAGGCCACCGACCUCAUCGUUAGCAAGAUUACACGUGCGUCCAUCGAUGCCCUGAAGAACUGGUUCCGUGACGAGAUGACGAAGGGGGACUGGCAGCUCAUCAUGGAGCUGAAGAAGACCUUCGAGAUCAUCUGAUCAACGUGGCACAAAUAGACUGGCUGCGCCCGCUGACUGACACUCUCUCUCUCACACACACACACACACACACACACACACACACACACACACACACACACACACACACACACACACACACACACACAGGCUCACACACAGGCUCACACACAUACAGGCAUAGAUCCUGUGUCUUUGCACACUCCUGACAUUUUGUCCCUAAUGAAGGGAGGCAAAGGGUUUGUGAGUACACACACACACUCUCUCUCGCUCUCUCGCUCUCUCACUCACACACACACACACACACACACACACACACACACACACACACACACACACACACACACACAGUCUCCUACUCACAGCAUCUCACACACUCAUACCAUCAUGGGGGGGGGAGCUGGCAGUGCCGAAACCAUGCCGCUACCACCGCCACCCCCCCAACCCCCCUCCUCACCUUGCUCUGCAGUGGGGAUUGUAACGAUACAGCAAGAAGAAGAAGAAAAGAAAGAAGAGGAAAAAGUGUUUUCUGUGAGAAACCGAACUAUUUCCACUGUUUUUAACAGUGACAGACAAAAAAAAAACGAUUACACACUA